AUGCCAAAAGCUGUCUACGUUUAUCUGUGCUCACACUACGAUUCAUUAGUUCAUUGUGGCACUAGGUUACAUAACUUAGAAACAUUGUUUCCAGAAAUUCCAACCUGGAAACAUGGCGAUAUGGAGCAACUGCACGAAGCAUAUACACAGCAUAAGAACAUAUCCGCCACCACAACCGAUCAUCGUGCUCCACCAGUCAAACGUAAACCUGUAGAUCAAACUGAAAAUUCAAAGGUAGACGUACCAGUUCAAAUAGUGAAUUCAUUACCAGGAAAUAAGACGGGAAUCAAAACGAAUAACAACAAACAAUUCAACAAUAAGACGAGCGCCCGUACGAAGCCCAGCACAGAAGGGGAAUAUCAGCUGAUCAAAAAUGAGGUGCUCGUCUCUCCCUAUCGAAACCAAUAUGAAGUGUUGGAAUUUUUGGGUAAAGGUACAUUUGGGCAAGUUGUCAAAGCAUGGAAGAAAGGAACGAAUGAAAUCGUUGCAAUAAAAAUACUCAAAAAGCAUCCAUCAUACGCACGACAAGGACAAAUAGAGGCAUUUUAUUUUUAGGUUCUUAUGAACACGGAAAACGAGAAACAAGUAGAAAGUUCUGAAGUAGCAACGCAAUGCUCUUUCGUGUUGGCCGUCCUAUACUUUACAUCACCGGUUUCAAUUUUAUCAAGGCUGAGCAAUGAGAAUGCAGAGGAGUUUAACUUUGUUCGGGCUUAUGAGUGUUUCCAGCACAAACACCAUACAUGUUUGGUAUUUGAAAUGCUGGAGCAAAAUUUAUACGAUUUCCUAAAGCAAAAUAAAUUCAACCCAUUACCACUGUCCAGUAUCAGGCCGAUCGUGCAGCAAGUGCUUACUGCGUUGCUUAAGCUGAAGCAUUUGGGAUUGAUUCAUGCUGACUUGAAACCGGAAAAUAUAAUGUUAGUUGAUCCGUCAAAUCAGCCAUUUCGAGUGAAGGUGAUUGAUUUUGGUUCCGCAUCACACAGAAGCAAAGCAGUUACAAAUACCUACCUCCAAUCACGCUAUUACCGAGCUCCGGAAAUAAUCCUUGGUUUACCUUUCCGUGAAGCAAUCGAUAUGUGGUCGUUAGGUUGCGUGAUAGCAGAAUUAUACCUCGGCUGGCCGCUUUAUCCUGGCAGCAGCGAAUUUGAUCAAAUCCGAUACAUUGUUCAAACUCAGGGACCGCCGCCGUUGCAGAUGUUAUCAACAGCAGCUAAAACACACCGUUUCUUCAAGCAGAUUCACGAUAAUGGUGUGGCACCAUAUUGGCGUUUAAAAACUCCGGAAGAACAUGAGCAAGAGACAUCUAGCAAAUCAAAAGAAACGCGAAAAUAUGUGUUCAACAAUUUGGAUGAUGUCUCGCAGGUAAACAUUCCAACAGAUCUGGAUGAUGUUGAUAAGGAAUGUGAACAGUUGGAUCGUGCUGAUUUCGUGAAUAUUCUGAAGAAAAUGCUGAGCAUUGAUCAGGAUAAACGUAUCACACCGGCUGAAGGUCUUCAGCAUCCGUUCGUUACAAUGGGACAUGUCUUCGUUUAUGGUCCAACGAAAUAUGAUGGUGACGCUCGGCUACCAUUUCGUAAAAGUAAUCAAAUUGCGCAUCAACGAAUGGAAGUGUGUAACCGUAACGGACGUACGGCUGCACAUUCACAACUAUUACAGCAUCGUAAUGCUGCCACAGCGUCGCAAUCAUCUGCACCAACAGCAACGCUUGGUGCAUCGGCUCCUAUCAUCAGUGCACCUGUAGCCGCUGCGGCACCACAAAAUGUUGCACCAACAAUACCACAAGUACCACAACUUCAGCAAGCGGAACUUACGCAUCUGUUGAAUCAAUAUGGUGCAGCGACUGCAGCAGCAGCUGUUGCCGCUGCACGUCAAGCUCCAUUCGCAGGUUUCAUAAACCCACAUGCUGCUGCUGCUGCAGCUGCAGCUGGAACUUUGGUACCACAGCUUGUUUCAAUUCCAUUUGUUGAUGGUCCAAUGCUAGCAACGCAAGCUAUCCCUCCGGCUCCGGCGGCGUGGACGCAAGCUGCUACAGCUUCAUUGAUGCCGUGGACUCUUCCGAAUACAACAGCACUUUUUGCUAAUGAAUUCAUCCUACCUGCUCAUUUACAAACGACGCGUAAUGUUGCCGCAUUGGCUGCAGCGGUGGCAGCGGGCAGUCCUUUUUCGCAUCUUCUGGCACCACAAAUCAAAAAUUAUCCAGAUUUAGCGAAUACGGAUCCUGCUGCCUUAUUUUGGAAUGAUCUUGUGCAGCAACAGCAGGUCCGUGGACGACAAGCGUCAGCAGCUUCAACAAACCCCAGCGGAACACUGCCGACAAGUACUAACCUGUCUAAUUUACGUAUGAGAUCGGGCCCAAGCGGUCUUGCGAAAGAUCCAGCAAUUAUAGCAGCUGGACCACGGAUGAAUAGCACUGCGUCAGGUUUAGAAACGCCAAAAUACCAACUUGAAGCAGCACGGUUAAGCAAUGAGAAUGCGAGUAUAGCGAGUUCAAUGAGUUCAUCGCUUCUGAGCAGCAGUUCAUCUGUACUUAUUCCACCAUCAACAACGGGUGUUGUACGUAAACCGAGUGCUCGUUGUGCUGUUGUGCGACCGAUGAUUGACGUAAAACGCGAAGUUGAUGAUGCAAAUAAAACUAACAUUCGUAACUUAUUUCCUAGCGUGGAUUUCGCAACUGCGCUUAAUACUACGUUUCCGCCAUAUUAUGGUCAUUGA